AUGCCUUCACUUUCUUCGCUCGCCUCCUGGCGCACUCUUGCAAUCAUCUUUGCUUUGAUCAACCUCAAAUCUCUCCCUUUAGCAUGGCAUUUCCGCCUAGCCUAUCGCUAUGCCCGCAAUAGGUUCACCGCAGCAAAGGUCCAAGGUGCCAUCAGAUCUGCCACCAACCUCAGCUCGACGCAUCCUCUGUUUCAAUCCGUGUCCAUUUUCUCACGGUCACCCCUGCUAGAGACAGACUACAACCUACACAAGAGCAACUCUACCUACUUCUCCGACCUUGACGAGAGCAGAACAGUGCUCAUGACCCGGCUUUUGACGCCCAACAGCAAGGAAGGUGUGAAGAACCUCGAAAAGCAAGGACACAAAGGACGAGCAGCCGUCAUCCUUGGGAGUGUUCAUACCUCGUUUCAUCGAGAAAUACAGCCAUAUGAACUCUACGAGGUCCGCUCUCGCGUGUUAGGCUGGGACAGGAAGUGGGUGGUCAUUGCCAGCUGGUUCGUUCGACCUGCGAAAAAGGGAGAAGAUGAAGUGCUAUUGGCAUCCGCUCUGAGCAAAUACGUCGUCAAGAAAGGCAGGUUCACUGUGUCGCCAGAACGCUGUUUCAUCACUGCUGGCUGGCUGCCUGAGAAGCCGGAGAACUAUAUGUCCGGUGCGGGCCAAUCGACUGCGAGUUCUGGCGACUCGGAGACGCCAUUGCUGGUGCCAGAUUCUGAGCCAUCUACCGAGGAAGCCUCUGGGGUCGCGACGCCUGAAGGACUGCCUGCGCCGGUUCCCGAACAAGCUGUCGAAACAACAUGUGCAAUUGUGGAAAAACUCGAAAGUGCAGCAGAAAAGGUUUCACGAGAGCCGCCACAAUCAAGCGAGCCGCUGAUGCCACUUACUGCGGCCGACAAGGCUGGCGAGUGGGACUGGUACCGCAUGGACAUGGAGCGAAUCAGGGGCUUACGAAUUGCAGCCAACUGGCUCGCCUUGGACCAAGGACUGCUCGAGGAGUUUAGGCGCGAAUAG